CUUGGUUGUAUUUCCUCUCCUCUAUGAGUAUAAAAUUCACGACAGCAGUUUUUCUCGCCUAUUGUAAAAAGAGGAAGGCUGGAUGUCACAUCGGGAGCCUAACUUUCAAGUUUGGCUUCGAUCACAUCGUUAAAAUGUUACGUCUACUGAUACUAGUGUCCCUGUGCGUCGUUAUAAACUCCGGUCUAAAACUCGAUGAUCUGCUGAAAUAUCCUCGCAGUUUACAACGUUUGUUUGAAUCUAAGGGUGCUGUUGAAGCGAAGAAAGUUGAACGUGAAGUAUGUAAGACCGAAGAAUGCAAGCUGAUUGCACAAUUGAUCAAGGGCAGUAUGGACGUGUCCGUAGACCCGUGUGACGAUUUUUACGAGUAUGCUUGUGGCAACUGGUCGAAAAUCAAUCCUCUUCCUGAAAAUAAGACCUCCUGGAGCUUAUGGAAUUUGGUAGCCGAGAAAGUCAAGCAACAAGCUAAAAAUAUAAUUUCGGUUAAACCAAAACCUGACGAUCUUUACGCGGUGAGACUUUCUAAGAAGUGGUAUCACAGCUGUAUGGAUACAGAUGCCAUAGAAAAAAGAGGAGUGGAACCACUAUUGUCAACCCUAUGGAGACACGGAGGAUGGCCACUUAUCAUGGAAGAGGGAGAGUGGGAUGAGGAUAUAUACAACUGGCAAAUAGUCGAUGACCAAUUUGCUCGUAUAUCAGGAUUUAACGCAUUUCACGAUUUACGUUACGUCCCACAAUCACCUGAAAACAACCAUACGAUAAUUAUUAUGUUACCUCAUUUACCGCAGGGUGCAUAUGGGCUUAUUACAGUGGAGAAAAUAUUGAAUUUAGACAGCAGCGAUGAAAAUAACGAAAGUGGAGAAGGUAGCCAGGAAAAAGGAAGCAAGGAAAGAGCAGAACAAAAGCAGCAUGAAGAGAAUGACGAAGAAGAUGAAGAAGAGAAUGAAUCAGAGGACGACUGGAACACUGUAGAAGAAGAUGAAGAAGGAGAGACGAGAAAGAAGAAAAUGAUCGCUAGAAAAUACCAGAGAAAAUUAGGUCACGCUAAGAAGGGGCAUAAUAAGAAAAAAGUUAUGCAUAAUAUUAUUGGUAAAAAGAAAAGGACGAGAAGAACUAAAAGGAAUAUUAUAGGCGAGAAACAUCUUCAUAAACUAUUGCGUAAACUAAAGGCUAAUAAAUAUAAUAUCAACAAUAAGGUCAACAAUAAUGGACAUUUGUCACGCAAUAAGUCGAUUACAAAGAAACAUAGUAUGAAAGAUAAAACGAUAAGGAAAAAUUUACGAAACCACUUAGGUCGCAAUAAACAUAAUAACAAGAAGAAGAAGGUGAAAGAGAACAAGAAAGAAGGGGAAGUACUACGCAAGAGGAAAAUACACAGAAGGAAGAUUACCAAGCAAUUAGGGCAUAGCAGAAGGAUGCAUAAUAAGAACAAAGCAUUGGGAAAACAUACCUACGAGGAGAAGAUGAAGAAGAAAUUGCAGAGGACUGGAACGAAAGCAAAGGUUCAUGCCGGUGAAAAUCAUAAGCACCAGAAAAUUACAGGCGCCACAGCGCAUCACGUCGCAAACAAGAUGAACGUUUCGAAACAUAAGCAAAUAUCCGACUAUACUGAAGAUACAUAUAACAGUGUCGAUACCAACGAUGACGAUGAUAAUAAUAACAACGAUGAAUAUAACGAAUAUAGUGCCGAAGCUAACGAAGACGAUAACGAGGAAGAGAACUACGACGACGACGAUGAUAACGAUGAGAAUAACGAAGAUGACGACGAAGAUAACUACGAGGAUGACGAAAAUGACGACGAAGAUAACUACGAGGAUGACGAAGAUGACGAUAAUGAUGACAAUGAUAAUAAUUACGAGCAUGAUGAAGAAGAAGUUGAAGAGCAAAGACAAACAUAUCGAGAUUACAUAUUAAAUGUAUCUUUAAUACUUUCUAGGGAAAGAGGAAUUGAAAUACCGGAGGAACAAAUGGUGAAAGAUGUCGAAGAUCUCGUAAAAUUUAUCGUUAAUUUGACAGAAAUCGUACAUGCCGUUGAGGAUGACGAUGAACAAAUCGAGAAUAUAACGCUUAAAGAAUUUCAAGAAUACUACGAAGAUUUAGGUCCUAUUUCGCGUACUAACAGAAUAAAUUGGAUAAGAAAAAUACAAAAAAUAUUUUCCGAGGCUGGAUUGGAGUUUGAUAACGACGUAGAAGUUUCUGUAUCGUAUCCCAAAUAUAUGGAAGAACUUCAUACCUUGCUCGCAAAAACUCCAGAAAGAGUACUUGUUAACUAUAUUCAUUGGCUCUUCAUUAGUAGGAUAAUGAUAGCUGGACCAUCAGAACUAACAGAAUUGUUCGAACAAUGGACCGCAGACUGGUUCUAUUCCACAAGAGAGCAGAUGUGCCUGGAAAUUGCGCCACUGGGUAAAGUAGCAGGAUACGAAUACAUUAAACAAUAUCUGCCAGAAAACGUAGCAAAAAUGGCCAAAGACAUGAUCGACGACAUACAAAAGGAAAUCGAAUAUCGCAUCGAAGCGUCGAACUGGAUGGACGAUGAUACUAAACAUUUUGUUUUGGACAAAUUAGUGCACAUGAAGAACUGGGUUGGCUAUCCAAGUUGGCUGCAAAACUCUACGCUCGUAAAACGCUACUUCCGAGGGUUUACAGUCGGUACUUCAUUCUACGAGAACUUCCUCAACUAUGCGAGAUAUUCUAGAUGGAAAAGCUUACGACGAAAUCUAGAUAAUAGCGAAAUUUACGAGAUGGAUCCCCUGGAAUUGAAUGCUUUCUUCAUACCAAACGAUAAUUCUAUAUCAAUCACGGCGGCAGAUUUGCAAAAUCCAUUGUUUGCUCAAAAUCGACCUUGGUAUGUGAAUUUCGGUAUUAUUGGUCUCGUCAUGGGUCAUGAAGUAAAUCACGGAUUCGAUGAUGAAGGUCAUCUUUAUGACGAAGGAGGAAAUCAAGUGGAAUGGCUAACUGCAAUGGCAGACGCUUACGAUAAGAGAGCAAUAUGUUUCGUGAACCAAUACGAUGGUUAUAGUAUCAUCAAAGGAGAAAAUUACACGAUCGAGAAUUAUGGUAACAGAACCGCAGGUGAAAAUAUUGCGGAUUCGAUGGGCCUGCAUGCUGUGUUCGGUGCUUAUAAACGAAGGGAACGAGAAUGUGUAAAUGCGGACCCUGCUCUACCAGGACUAGAACAAUUUAGCAACGACCAACUUUUCUUCUUAUCAUUUGCAAACUUAUGGUGCGAAACAGCAGACAAAGAAGCAUUAAUAUCUCAGAGCAAAUACGACGUGCAUAGUACGGCACGUUUAAGAGUUAUUGGUUCGGUGUCAAAUUCAGAAGAUUUCGCCAAAGCUUUCGACUGUCCAGUAGGUAGUCCUAUGAAUCCUGAAAACAAAUGCAACAUAUGGGAAUAACUAAAAAUUUUCGAAAUUUUCAUAGAUUUUCGCUUACAGUUUCUAUAAUGUAAUUCUUUUUUAAUGAAAUAUAGCUUACGAUUUGCAAAUUA